ACGUCCUUAGAGCAGCGACACAAAAUCGCUGCCGAGGCUUAUGUAUCUCCAAUCUCAGAAACCGACCGUCAAGUCGAGAGUGAGCUGAAUAAUUCAUCGAGUCGACCAAUCGAAGUUUUGCAGCGAUGCAUUCAAUCUGGUCUGGCUACCCCUCACGUAGUUCAUGCAUGCCUUGAAGCACAAUAUCGUGAUCAGGCGCGAUACCCACGGAGGCAGCGUUCACAAAUACACAAGAAACAACGCGAGGAGCAGCUGGCACGUACAGCUCUGAUAUAUAUGUUGCAAGAUCCUGGCAAGUGGACCUCCAUUAUGCACAAAAACACGGCUUUCGUAGACAAUCUGUGCUACUUUGCCGUGAUCGAGGGCUUGCAGGACACUAUGAUUCGCUUGUUGAAGAUUGAGCCUGUACUGGAUAAUCCUUUCUGGCGCAGCAAAGUGGCCACGGGCCUCAUCAAAGCAGAAGACCAGCUCGACACCGACUAUUGUGCCGAUGCGUGCCUAAAUCUCAUUUUCGCGCUGUUGGACAUACGAGAAACCGAACCCACUCGACUAAAGACCCAGCAACAGCUACAUGGGCCCACAAAGGUGCCGGUUCCUAAAACAUAUCAUCUGCUUCGAGGCGCAGAAAUCAAAUUACGCGUCAUGCUCUCGCGCUUUGAAGCACCGUUGGGCUCGUGGAAAACGAAUCCGGCCCUCUACGAAAGAUUCUUGCAGUACUGUAUGCACGACAUGCCCAAUGAACGGACAUUCUCGCCGGAAGAAGUUGAAUGGCUUUAUUCGGACCUUCAGCUAUCUCACCCAUCGGGAUACAAUGAAGGGCCUGCACUCAAAAUGCUCGAGAAAUAUGCCAAACUGGGGCAAUAUGCCUUCCUACCUGACGAGGCCCGGCAUGGUCCCCACAUAGCACAAUCGAUUGCCAAGUUCGUGAGACGAACCGCUGACGUGGCUGAAGCAAACAGCAAUAUGGCUGCUGCGCGCUGGGUCUUCAACACAUUUGAAGCGGAGUACACCAACGCGAAGCCCAAGUCAUUGGAGCGACUUGAGGUCCCGGCGAGCAGGUUAGAACGCUCUGCCACGUACGUGCAGCGACGACUGAUCAAUGCUUCGAUGCGCACAGUUGCUGCAUCGAAGAAGUUGCUUUCUGAUAAGGUGGAAAGAGCGCCUGCUGUGCGAGUAGCAUCAGAUCCUACGGCGCACGCUGCCAAUUUCCAGAACACUUUGGGCACGGCGCUCACAGAAGCGAGAAAACGAGAGCCUCAGAAGCGCGGAUUUGGGCUCUGAAGGUGGCACAGCCGAAUGGUCGGCCAUGCCAUCGCAUGCUCGCUCUUUGCAUUCUUGCAGAAAGAACAGAUAUUGACAUGUGUUUGCGCAACUUAAUUUCCUGCUGAAUGUGGUAUGCUAUACUGCCAUCAACCAGAUCAGACUUGAUGGAACCAGCUCGAGCUCAAAGGGCUAUGUGCUCCACCACAAGCAAAAGGCAAUUGUUCUGGGCGCGGACAUGUAUUAUUGGCUCAUAUAUCUACAGCAAGAGGCUGAUCUGCGGAUUUGAAAGGACUUCUGAGUGCUUCUGAAGGCAGAGUAUCCGCCAUAGAUUCCCGUUGCCGCCGAGGAAAGGUCUCCAAUGAGACUGACUAUGCAGCGCAAACGUGAUGAACAGUCCCAGUGCUGAGCGCUGAGCAGAAUUCUAACGGGGCCCCUGACGAUGCUGUAUUCGUCGGUUAGGAUUCCAAGUUUCACAGGCUCCUGGUCUUCAUA